AUGCAGGCAGCGGCUUCUACAUCGGACUACAUGACUCUACAUAUUCCGCCGCAGUUUCCAGUCUUCGGCAGAGCGGCUGGGGUUUGCCAUCAAUGCAAAAGAGCCAAGACCCGCUGCGACAGAGCUCUUCCUGCCUGCAAUCGAUGCAUACUGAAAAAGACUCGCUGUGUGUAUGGGCGCCAAAUAUCCGCCAACAACUCCGCUGGCGGACUUUGCUCCGGAGAAGGAGAAGAUGUCAUGCCAUCUAAAGAUAUUCGGGCAUGCUGUCUCGCUAAAGUACCUCUUGACAUGUGCUACAAGCUCGUUGGGAUGAUCUCAGUGGCCCUCCUUAGUGGCGUUGAUGAUGCUGAGCAAGAAGCAUCGCUUCUUCGUAUGACACUUAAGUCAGCAGGAUUGACCGCCACGUCUGUUGCUCAAACUUACAAGGAUACGAUUCAUAAUUGGUUUCCGAUUAUGACCGAUGAUCAAAUCGAUCAACUUGUGGAAUAUUAUGCUUGGGGACAAUGUCGUGGCAUUGACGGAAUGCUCCUUUUAUCCAUGGCACUGAUAUCUCAACCACCUUGCGAAAAUUGUGACCUUACUAUGCACAGCAAUUUAUACCAAACAGUAAAGCAGUCGUUUCUGCUUCUACAAACUACUGCAAAGUCAUAUUUAAAGGUUCUGCAGAUCGGGCUUUUACUAUCACUGUUCGAAUACGGCCAUGGCCUUGACCGAGAGUCUGAAUUGACAAUUGCUGGCUGUGCCGUCAUUUGCAAACUAAACAAUAUGGGUUCUAUUGCCCAGAGUAAAGAUAACACAGGAAUAGGCAUAGAUGCCACCUGCCGGAAAGCAGUCAUUAUUAUGGACUGUCUGGUAAAAUUACCAAAAUAUUCGAAGGGCGAACAAACGCCGAGCGAUAGUGGCUCAAAUUUAGUAACAGCAGAUGCACAUCUGGAUGGUAAAAAGAUCAAGGAAAGCUGUGGCUCGUCGUCCAACUUUGAGAUGCUCUUCCAAGUUGCAGGAGUCGUCCGAGAUGCAACACAGUAUAUCAAAGAUGAGAAAGCAUCCAAGUCUUCUCCAAAUUUGUAUCCCGUGGUAGAAUCAAGGCUUCGAAGUCUCUGCUAUGCUCUGAUCCAAGCCGCAGGUCCCAAUUCUCUCGUAUUCUGCGACAGCAUUGCGCUCGCACUUAGGUACGUUACCACGAGAUCGAUUACCGAACAACGUUAUGAAGCUGACCAUUUAUAUCUAGCUUCCUAUUUGAACUCAAUGCAUUCCAUUUGA